CGAGAGCCUUGUUUGACCACUCUUUUUCCACCUCCCUCAAACAACCCUGGUUUGCCUCCUACACCAGGUCUCCCACCUCCUCAUCCUCUCUGCGCCGCAAUCCACCACCGAAGAACUUCCCGGAGGUUAAUCACAUCACAAUAGAAGAGAUAGAUAUUUAAUCAUCACAACGUACUCAAGAUGCAGUCAACCAACGGCAACGGAAACGUCACCGGCAACGGCGCCGAUUUGACUCCGCAACAGCAACAACAACAGCAGCAGCAGUGGUUAGCGAUGCAACAAUACCAACAACAUUGGUUAGCGAUGCAGCAGUACCCUGCGGCGGCGGCUAUGCAUCACCCGGCGAUGAUGUACCAACAACCACCGCCAACAGCAUAUAUGCCAUAUCCUUAUCAACAAGGUCAUCAACAACAGUAUCAACAACAGGCUCAACAACAGCAAACAAGUAACCAGAUUCAAAGUUCUAGCGAAGAUAAUAAGACGAUCUGGGUUGGUGAUCUACAACACUGGAUGGACGAAGCUUAUCUCCAGUCAUGCUUCUCGCAAACCGGCGAGGUUCAGUCUAUAAAACUGAUACGAAACAAACAGACUGGUCAAUCAGAACGUUAUGGAUUCAUCGAGUUUCUUUCUCAUUCAUCCGCUGAGAAAAUCCUUCAGACCUACAAUGGAACCAUGAUGCCAAGUACCGAUCAAGCUUUCCGGUUAAACUGGGCGAGUUUUAGCACAGGAGAAAAGCGUGGAGAAAGCACUGGUUCAGAUCUAUCGAUAUUUGUGGGAGAUUUGGCUCCAGAUGUAACUGAUUCAAUGUUGAAUGAAACAUUUGCAAGCAGAUAUCCAUCAGUGAAAGGUGCAAAAGUAGUUUUUGACACAAACACUGGGUGUUCAAAAGGGUAUGGAUUUGUUAGGUUUAGUGAUGAAAGUGAAAGAUCUAGAGCUAUGAAUGAAAUGAAUGGUCAAUAUUGUUCAAGUCGACCUAUGAGAAUUGGUGUUGCAACUCCUAAGAAAGCAUCUACUUUACAACAAUAUGGACAACAACAACAACAAUAUUCAUCACAAGCUGUGAUAUUGGCUGGUGGAGGUGGAUUUGGUGCCAUGUCUCAAAGCUCUCAGUCUGAUGAAGAUUCUUCCAAUACAACAAUCUUUGUAGGUGGACUUGACUCAGAAGUCAACGAUGAAGACUUAAGACAAACCUUUAUUCAAUGUGGUGAAAUUUUAUCCGUUAAAAUUCCUGUAGGAAAAGGAUGUGGUUUUGUUAGAUUCGCAAACAGAAGCAGCGCGGAGGACGCAAUUCAGAACAUGCACGGGACAGUAAUCGGAAAACAGACGGUCCGUAUAUCGUGGGGUAAAACUCCCGCGGGCAGACAGAACAUGGGUGGAAGCUACCAGGGGAAGCAAGGUGGCGGCGGUUAUGGUGGUUAUGGCGGCGGCGGUGGUGGUGGUUAUGGGUACGGUAACCAGGAUGCGGGAAUGUAUGGCGGUGGUGAUGCAUCGGGUUACGGGUCGAAUGGAUAUGGAAAUCAUCAGCAGCCUAUGUAUCAUAGUGCAGAAAAUUAG